ACCCACUAGACAAGUCACUUUCACAUGCAUUCUGUGUUUAAGGGACUCGCUACAAGCCAUUAUGCCUCAAUCCAGCAAUUUUUGGUCUAGGAAGAAAAUAAUACUUUUGGUAGUGGCUGUUUUAACGAUUGUCCUUGUGGCCUCUUGCGUUGCCGGCAUAUAUUUUACAUCUCAAAAGAGUGAAGAGUUGAAAACCUGGAAAGGCAAAGGAACUACAAAACACUUUAAAGAGAUUUUUCUUGGACGGUGUCACGACUACUUAAUGCAAAAUCCAGAUAUUGGGGAGAAAGACUGUAAUGAGAUCUGGCAAGAAGUCACUAAAGUAGUCUAUAAGCAAGACCAAUGCGCCAUCACCGAACAAAGCUACGAGCGCUUAGCAGAACUGGCUGGAGAAACUGUGCCCUGUAACAAGUCACUUCUUUGGAGCAGAACAAACAGGCUUGUUCAUCGAUACACAAAAGCAAUUGAAGGCUUUCGGACCUUGGAGGAUACUUUUCUUGGCUAUCUGUUCAAUGGCCUGACUUGGUGUGGGAAGACCUACAGUUCAGAGAUGAAUUUCCAGUCUUGCCCGGCUUGGGAUGAAUGCUACAAUAAUUCAAUGUCCUCUUUCUGGAGAGUGGCCUCUGCCGCAUUUGCAAGAUCAUCAUGCGGUGUGGUCCAUGUAAUGCUGAAUGCUUCAGCAGAUGGUGAUAUUGCCAGAAAAGAAAGUAUCUUCAGAACUAUUGAAGUACCCAACAUGCAUCCAGAGAGGGUAUCUGUAGUAAGACUCUGGCUUAUAAGUGAUAUUAAUGGUCCAGAGAGGGCGUCAUGCAAUAGUGAAUCAGUACUAGAAUUGAAACAUCACAUUGAAAAACACAAGCUGGAAUAUAAUUGUGUUGAAAAUUAUAGGCCAGUUAAGCUUCUGCAGUGUAUAGAAAACCCUGACGCCCCUGUCUGCAAAGUAUGCCAUUAAGAAAAGGAACACUAAAGAUGACCCGCCAUUGGACAACAUCACAUGCUGACUGUUAAUGAGGUGGUCUUACACUUUCAGACCCUCACAAUUCUCGUGAAAAAAGGGCAGUCUUGGACAACAUUCAUUGCCAUGCCAAGAAAUAAGUGCUUUGAUUCAAUUGAACGAAUUAAUGCUAAUAAUAUAUUAUAAGGUUAUAAAAUGUAUUUAUUGUUUUGUGUUUACCUGCAGGGAAGCAACAUUCAUAGGCUCCAGUUUAUUAUUGUUAUCAACUUGCUGAUAAAGACACAUUAUAUUAAUGAUACUUUCUCAGUACCUAGGCAAAAAAUAACUUUUUUCACUUUUUAGUAAUUUGGGUAACAUGAAGGUUAAAUG